GCCGCUGUCUCAUCUGUACUGUUCUCGAGUGUCUUUAUUCUCUACAAUCUCAACCUGAUAGUGAAUAGAAAAAAUCUCAAUCCCCGAUGAAAAUCUGCAAACCCUAAGUCCUCCUCCGACCGCUGUCAUGGCGUCCAAGCUGCUUCCUCGGGAGUGCCUCCCGCGGCGCAGUCCCACCGGCGGCUUGGACCCGAUUACGGUCUACGUCCGUGUCGACGAGGAGGGGAACUAUCGCCCGAGGUAUAUCUCCGCCAAAGUUGGGCCAGCGUUCCGGGAUCUCCAGGAUCUUAAAGACGCAGUCCGUGCAUUCUACACCGACGUCUACAUCGCCCAUCGCCGCCGAAAGAGGCCUCGGGCUCCGCCGCCGUCUUCAACCUACGACAGAUUCCAGUUCGAGUUCGUGGUGGAUAGGCCAACACCACCCACGGAAACUGCACAUGUGUCGUCCCUGAAGGCUAGUACAGCAUUAGAGGAGAAAUCGUCCGGCACUGAAGCCAUUUCCUCAUCUUCCGACUGUGUUGUGGUGGUGGAUGGGAAGCCUACACAUCCCGGCGAAUCUGCAGAGGUGUCGUCCCUCAAGGAGUCGCUCAAGGCUACAACGUUGGAGGAGAAAUCGUCCGGCACGGGAGCCGUUUCCUCUUCUUCCGACACUGUUAUGGCCUCACCGCAAUCAGGGAACUGCCUUGCCUCACCUUCUGGGCCAGGCAUUUGGCAACGAGAACGACGUGACUGGGGUUUCGGAUAUUACAUCAGGGUUGAUCUUGGGGGAUAUUUCCACACGUAUCCUGAUGCAGGCGGGCCGUUUCAGAGCUUAGAGGAAGUUGACAAGGCUAUGGAUCACUAUUUUCAUCAACAUCUGGAUCGAAAUCUGUUAAUGAAUAAAGGUGGGGCUCCUUCACUAGAGAUUUCUAUAGAAAAAACUCUUUAUUGGCCUGAUGGCAGAAGGAUGAAGAAUUCCAGAUCCUAUGUGACCCAGCAAUUCCAUAAUCGAAUGCGCCGAUCACUUCAAGCUAUGGUUGAGAAGCAUAACGAGGAUCACAGCCUGUCGGGGGAUCUUGCAUUUGAACUCAAAGAUGUUUUGCACUGCACAACAAUUUGUAAGGGGCUUACAUGCUGCUACUAUCAUCUCAAUUUCACUGUGACUAAAGGAGUUGGUGAUUCUAACUGUGGCAUUGGAAACCUAUUCUUUGCGGAAGUCAAUUGUGUGCUACAAGGAAAAGAAGAGGAAAUGGUGGUCAGCUGUUUCUGCGCGGUUGAAUCUACCGAUAAUGGAUACUGCUAUGGUUGUACCUUGGAUAGGGAUGUCAAUAUGAAGCAUCCCAGCAGUGCCGGUGCAUACCUUGCCGGUAACUUGAAGGUGGAUUCAUACCUUGGAUAUUGUUAUGAAGGCUGGAGCAGCGACUCAGACGACGAAAAUAUGGAAGCUAAGAAAGAAAAGCUAAGAUCUAUGUGGCUGGGGCCUUGCUGAUAAAACGUGCCGCUGACUAUGAGGGCUUUUGACUACUGCGGCAUUACUUUUCACUGACGACGACUAAAAGGCCAGAGGGGCAGGCAAGCCAACAUGGAAGGGGAGAAGUGCUCGAGCCCAACAAGUUUAAGGUCCAAGCAGCUUUGCUGGCUCCUUACUUUUGUUGGCAUAGUCGAUGGGUUGACUAUCUUGUAAGCUUGGUUGCAGUGAUUUUGCGUCUGUUUACUGUAAAUAAACUGAGGUUUCUGGAGUAUCAGGGCUACGCUUUGUGCAUGUACGAAUCAAGGUGACAUUGUUUGUUCCUUGUUUUCAUCUUAAUUUGACAUGUGUCAUUGUUUGUUCC